AUGGCUGCCCUUCAGCCAUUGGCUGAGGGGCAAGGCGCCUCUCCUUCAGCAAGGAAAUCCUUCUCUCAGUUGUUCUCCCAACCUUCAUCCUCACCCAUUCAAAUUCGGCCAGUGACAUCCUACAAGGGUGAGACUGCUGUGAUUUUUCCAGGAAUGAUGCGGAUAGAUUGGCAGUGCCUUUUCACUGGGCUUUGGUUGGAAAGUUCUCACACGGUGGAUUUCAAUAGACUAUGGACACGAGGGAUUUGGCAAUUGGGUAGAUUUCCGAUGAGAGUGUUUCGGUGGACAAGGGACUUCCAUGUUCAGAAAGAAUCCUCCCUAGCUCCAGUUUGGGCAACAUUACCAGCUUUGCCAGUACACUUCUUCGAUAAACAUUCCUUGUUUUCCAUCCUUUCUCUAGUAGGGAAGCCAUUGUUUUUGGAUGCGGCAACGGCAGCACGCACAGGCCCUAGUGUGGCUUGGGUAUGUGUGGAAGUGCACUUGGUAAAACCCAUCUGUUCCAGAGUUUGGGUGGCAGUGGAGGGUGAGGUAGGUUUCUGGCAACAGAUUGUCAUAGACGAUCUUCCUUCGUAUUGUUCAAAGUGUUGGCGGCUGGGUCAUUCUGUUGGUGACUGUAAGAGGGAGGACUUUGUCAGUCGCCAAGUAUCCAAAAGCACUACGGUGGCAUCGCAAGUACCCCAGGCUGUUGCAGACGGUAAGAUGCAGGUGGAGGUCUCGGUUAAGGAGACCCAUGUAGCUACAAAUCUUCGGGAGGAGGCUCCGCUAGUGCUGAAGGAUGUAGGGAAGAUCCAGUGCUUAUGCUCAUGA